CCCAUAUCAGCAUCAACACCACUAGCCAUGUCUUCCAAAGACCCCUCACCCUCACAGGAAGGUGAAGGCCCUUGGGAUAAGAAGACCAGUGAGAAGUUUGAAAGGUGAUUCCCCUUUCCAUCGUUGCUCUUCCAACAGUCCUAUUUAUAACGUUGGUUUCGGCAUCUUCCAUUGCAUCAAUCUGACUGCCGUUUUCCUGGUAUACAAUUUAUCACAGCGCUCCAGCUGGAUGUUUAGUUUGGGGAUGGGGAUGCAAGGCUAAUAUUCCAACAGCAAACGGCUCUCGGAAUACUAUGACCCAUGUCAGGAGGCAGCAGAUAGGAGUCUGAAAUGUUUGCACCGAAACGGUGGAGAUAGACAGAUGUGUGCAGACUACUUUACGUGAGUUUUCUACUACCUUACUACAGUGUCCCCUCCACCUCCCUCCUUCAUUUGCUCUUUCUCCAUCUCUUCUUUUUGACUUUCUCGAUUUAUUGGAAAACUUUGGGUGACUGGGGUUCGCUGUCAAGUGGCGAUAAGAACUCUCUUUUCUUAUAUUCAAGUGGAUGACCUUCAAGUGAGGUUGUAUCUUGAGGUCACAUCCGUCCUUUUCAUGCUGCAAGGGUUCCCCAAGUUUGGCUUGACGCGGGUGGUUGAUCUAUGUGAUACCUCUGUUGGUCUUAUCUAUUACCAGCUUCGAGAAUUACACCAAGUUGGGUUGCUGUUUGAUUUGACUCUUUUGCUGAUACGUCUCCCAGUGCAUAUCGAGAUUGCAAGAAACAAUGGGUGAGUGAAAUUUUCCCGUUAUAAUUCUAGGAUUGGUAUUUUGCUCCUCAUGCACUCAUCCGUGCUUCCAGUUCCAAACUGGCCUGGGUUUUGACCGCCUGUUCGGGAGCUAUUAUGGGCUAUGAACGGCUCGCAAGGGUGGACAUAGUGUCAUUCUCUCGUAAACACACCGCUAGUGGGGAGGUCAUGUCAUGGAUGGUUACUGACGUGUCGCGUGCUUCUAGAUUGCAGAUCGAAAGGAGGCCAAAAAGGGAAAGGGAUGGUUUUCAUGACUGACAGCCGCUGCGGGCAUACAUUUGCCAUAAGGCUGGCGGGAUUUGAGUGUAAGAUAUGUACUAUACAUAGGUGGUAGUACACGGAAAAUGGCCUUGGAGGAAUCUGGUGGUUAGGUCCUCGCAUCUUCUUUAUGUCAUUUGGCGAUACAAUUGUAUACUCUCAUGUGAAUGGCUUUGGGAUUGGAAGUUUAUCGUUCUCUUCGAAAGCUAUACGACACCACAUGAUAUUUUGUAUGAUAUAUGGAAAUGAUAAGACGAAUUGCAUGAGGGUGUUUGAAUUGCUUUCCCAGAUAUUCUAGUUCACUACUGAAGUUUUUUCUCAAUGUCACAAGUCAAUUUACUCUUUUCUCCUUCUGGUAAGAGUUUGGGACAAUACUGAUAGAGCGCCCGUGCUGCCAUAUAUUGACCCUUCUGUUACUAGCAUAAUGCACUCUCAUUUCAACUACCUCAACUCAUCUAUAUGCGAAAAUUGUAGACAUUUUUGAAAGGGCAUCUUGCAGGAUUUUAACAGCCGAGACCAAAAGAUAAAUCAGGUCUAGACAAGAGUGGUAGCAAAUUCCGACUUUUUUGGUGUGAAAAAGAAAAGGGCUGUGGGUAAUGUAGUGAGCUCUUACCUACAUAUGGUUCAAGAGUUACUACAGAAUCAUUUUCACAUAAAUGACUAGGCAGGUACAAAGUGGUGAAUUUUGGCCUCAUUGACCCUCCUGGCUAUUAGUGCACGCUCUCGGCGAAUCGGCCAUUUUCUCCCUUGCUGGGAAACUAAAUGCCCUUCACUCACCAACAAAAUUCGCCUACAUACUCAUAAAUCAGCCACAACCCUUCGCCCUUAAUCCCGGACGCCCCGGCAUCCAACAUCCAGAUAGGUUGGCUUUUGAGUUCAAGCCGCAUGAGCUUGCGCUGAUCAGAAGUGGGCGCACAAUGGCGGACCAGAUGAUCAAGGAUCGUCAGGAUGCCCCGAUUUGGAAUGCGAUUGAGGCUAGCAACUAUAAGCAGGCCCUCAAGCUAGUCGAUAAACGGCUGGCCAAAAAACCAAGCGAUUAUCUCCAGGUGAGUCCCUCCUCCUAUCAGUAGACCCCAUGUUGAGUGCGGAAUUCUGCACGAAGAAUCGAUUAUCACGUGACGGAUAUAAAUUUAAAUUUUGAUCUCAGCUGCUGACAUGACGUUUGUAGGCGCUUAAGAUUUUUAUUCGAGCGAGAUCGCCACUGGCUUCUGAGCAGACUGCCGUUCUCGCUCACCUGGAGGAGUUGCCCAAGAGAAAACAGCCUCUUACGGACCUUGAAGCUAUCGAGCUCUAUGAGGAGGCCUAUGGCGAAGUUGUGCCCGAGCCUCGAGAUGACUGGAUUCGGAUAAUUGGUGAAGCACGAUGGCAGUGUGUGAAAGCAACCCCAAAAAAUGAAGACGUUAGCAAAAAGUGUUUCGAAGCGUGUCUUGAAAAGAACGACAUCGAUCAUGCACGGCAGGUGGGUUGAAUCCCUGAUGGAGACAGUGAAGGAGGGAACUAAAGCAUCAAAUGGAUGAAGAAAAAAUGGCAUAGCUAAUUUUAUCUUCAGAUUUCUAACAGCUUGGAGAAGAGCUUCCCGAGCAACCAUGCAUACAUCUUCUGGAAUAUUGCCACCAUGUUUCUCUACAGCGUAAAUCUGGCAAGCCUUCUCAUUAGACACGUCACUAACCCCCUGAUAGGUAUCAUCUUCAUACCCAGAGAAGACACGGAAAUUAUGGGGCACAUUAGCAUUUGCCCAAAUACAAAAACUGGCAGCCGCAACCAAAACAGCCGCAGUAAGCAAAUAGAUUGCCACCCAAGCCUUUUGAUCGGGUAAGAUUAACUCUUUUUGGCAGGAUCCGAAGCAACUUCCACUGCGAUCAAUCCACACGCCCCAGGAAUUGCUCCUCUUGCAUAGGAUAACGGAGACUCUCGGAAAACCAGAACAGAGAUUAGAAUAUCUGCAAGAUCCCAAUCUAGGUCCGGAAUCGGUCAUUGCUAAAAGUGAGUGGCAGUUGUGGAGAUUCAAGUUGAUUCUCCUUGGCGAAGUAAAAAGCUGGCAGGAGUUGUUUGACACUACCCAAUCUUUACUCAAAAGAGCUCGCACAAAAGAUGCAUCUGGUCAGUUAUCAGAAACCGGAUUCAGUGAUUGGAUCGUUUGGGAUUCCUUUAUCCGCUCAGCAAUCGAGUUACAAGGUCACGAGUGAGUUUCUUUAAAUGCUAUUUUACCAUAUCGGAACUAAUAACUUCUAGAUAUAGAGAAGCAGUAGUGGCUGAGGUAGAAGCCCACCAAGAUCCAAAGUGCGAAGUAGACAAGAGCUGGAAACGAAAUGCUUCAUUAGCUUGGGUCAAGAUUUCUUUUGCGAAUACCAACACCUUCGCUCAAAGAUCAGACUCUUCUCAGGAUCGGCUUCCGAUUAUCAUAAAAUACUUGAAACAAUAUGGAACUGCUACUACUGCAUUUACAGAUCUCAAGCCAUACGUUCAGCAGCUGAAUGCUGAUGAACGCAAGCGCUUAUUGGAAAUCUUGACGCAACAUGGAGUCUUUGGAGACCCAGGUCAUUUAGGAUAUACAAAGCCAAAAAAGGGGGAAGCCACCAAGCCCGAAUAUGCAGGAGUAAGUUUUCUUUCUGACUAUUGUUCAAUUCAAGAGAAUGCUAAUGUUUAUUCAACUGUAGUUCAAAACUGAGAAGAAGCUCGCGGAACACAUUAACUCGUACAAAUUGAGAUAUCUUCUCUCGUGUAGUUUACCAGAGCAGGAGCGACAUUCAAAACCAAAACAGCAUGCAGGUCCUACAGAAGCACCGUGCUUUUCAUAUUCCCGGCCUUGUAUUGUAUUCUGCUCCCAAUGUCUUGGAAGUUUUGCGGUUGAUGCUACAAAACUAUACUUGGCCGCAGCUGACGGGGGACGCGAAAGUUGGGAUCUACUUCCAACAGAUAGACAUCCUGCUGAUGAUCUUGUUAUUUUGGCUGCAACUUGUUUGAUCAAGCUUUCUAUGAUCAGCUCCGAAGGAUCAGAAGAUUCUCUUUUGAGCCCAAAGAACUCUUAUAUUCUACAAGCAGUUGCUCUACUUGAACAAGCAGCCAGCAUUUCUCAACCAAAUUCGCAAAUUUGGUUUCUUCUCAUACGACUUUACACUUAUCUAGGUAAUGGAUCGUUAGCCAUGCGUGCCCACCACAACCUCGCCCUCAAGCAGAUUCAACUUGAUACGCUUUCUUAUACACUAUUUGACCGCAUAUCGACCUUUCAUCCACACCGAUUUAGCGCGUCGCAGGAAACGACGUACAGAACUCCUUUGGAAAGCCUCGAAAAGCAACAGAAACUCUAUAGAGGCUCCCGUGGUCAGAUCAGUAGGAACACUUGGCUUUCUUACAAGCAUGGAAGUUAUAAUACGAUUUUCGAGCUCAAGGAGGUUACAGAAAAGCUUGAAUGCUCAUUUUCGGCCGUCAUGUCUGUUGUUGAGAAACGGAGAAUAAAUCGUCUAUUGCCUUCCAAGAGUGUGUCAGAUGGAGGUUACGAUAUCCUUUGUAAGUCUUUUCAAAUUCAUUAGAUCAGCACAAAAACUGACGUUCUUGAUAGCUCCCAAUCCCGAAAGCUUAGAAACGAUGAUUUGCGAUACGAAUGACUAUGAAUCGUUUCCUGAUUAUGAGGGGACUAUCGGAUAUAGUUUUGAGGAGCUUUCUCGCUUUGUACCAGCUCCUUCAGUAAGUUAGCAGACCCAAUUUUCAAGCUUUUCUCUAACGCAUUUCAGGAAUAUCGCACACGUCUAAACCUUGUGUCUGAGAAGCUCCUGCAACUAUUGAUGCCAUCAACAACAACAAAAUCAGUAGAUCAAGCCUCACUGAAAGCGUUCCUCGCUACUCCAUUGGUUUUCCCCAAAGUCAAAGAUCCAUCUACCUACCUCACCAAACCAGAAAAUUGCGCACGGAAAUGUUACGAAGCGAUAUCCAAUAUUCUACAUUCCUCGCUCUCACCCUCAUUCUGGAAAGAGCAGAAAUUCGAGUCCCGACUAGAAGCUCACAACGAGGAUCUUCGUAAUGCCCUAUCAAGUUCACUCGAACUUCUCGCUGGAAUCAAGGACUUAAUACCAGCAUUCGGCCACGUCCUUCAUGCCAUUUUCACCGCACACUCCCUUGCUUUGCAUAUCCUAUCCUUCGUCGACUUUCAAUCCAAGAUACCCAGUAAAGAAAUCCACCCUUCCCAACUCGACGCAAACAAAAAGACGGAGGCGCUUGCACGAGAAAUCAUCCAGAAAACGUUGCAGAUGGUGGGGACUAUCAAGAAAGGAAUGGACGAGGGUGGUUGGAUUGAUAGAGCGCUUGAUAGUGUUACUGGCGCUGAGGGUGCGGGUGGUGUGGGGGAGCUGAUGGAUGGUGGUGCGAUGGAGUUUUGGGCGGGGGAUUUGGUGGAGGGGUGGAGGGAUGGGGUUGUGGGGUUGGGAUUGUUGAAGGAUGUUAGGGGGUAG